AUGUCGGGAGGAGAGGAGGAGCACGGCCCUGACAGGUCAGACUACCAGGAGUUUGUCAGGAUGGAGCUUCUCCUGGAGAAGCUGAAGCUGUUGAACUACGAGGAGGAGGUGGUGGCCCAACACGACCUGAAGCCCCUGAACAGACAUUAUUUUGUCCGAAGUCGAUAUCUCCCUUCCAACCCCGACGAGCAGUUCCACAUGUUCCACGUCAUCGCUGCCUGGCUCAUCAACACGGCAGGGCGCUCGAUCCCGGUGCCUCGGGAAGACGACGACCCGAUCGCCACCGCGUCCAGCAUCCUGGCCGAGCUCAGGGCCCUCGGGGUGAAGGUGGAUGUCCCACCAGCCGACCUCCUCCAGGGCUCUGGGGAGCUUGUCAUCUUCGUGCUUUACCAGCUGGCGGAGGAGGCCCUGAAGAAGACCGGGUUCUCCUUCAAAAGGCCGACCCACCCGAGAGAAAGCACAGAAGACGAGUUCAUGACGGAGGACAAGGCCGAGCUGACGUUCGACGAUGAGGAGGAUGAGAUGAGCGAUGAAGAGGAGGAGGAGGAGAUGGAUCAGGAGGCGGUGGAUCCAGCAGAGUGGGCCCUGGAGGUGGAGAGAGUCCUGCCUCAGCUCACAGCCCCGAUCCAGACCGGCUCCCAGGACUGGAGGAGCCACGUGGACCAGCUGCAUCAGCACAGCGGCAGAAUCGAUUCUUCCCUGGAACAGACCAGGAGCUUUCUGCACAAGCUGCAGGAGGACAUCAGUCACAGCAUGAAGAAGCUGAGCAGCAGAGAGACGGCCAUCACCUCCCAGCUCCAGCAUCUGAUCCAGGAGCAGCGCGACGCUCAGGCUAAGAAGACAGACGCCUCGGAGCGAUACGAGAAGGCCACCAGACGGAUGAAGGACCGGAGCCGAGUCAUGGCCGAGGUCAACGACAACCUGAGGGAGGUGAAGAAGCGAAUGGAGGAGAAAGGCAGGAGCAUGUCUGACGAGGCCCCGGUGGUGAAGAUCAACCAGAGUCUGGUGAAGCUGAAGCAGGAGACGGCUGAGAUGGACGUGAGCAUCAGCGUCUUCCAGCACAUGCUGCUGCAGGCCCGACUCAGGGAGAAGCACAACAUGAUGAGUGACAUGUCCGCCAGCAGCCCCCCCGACCGGGCCCCCGAGCCCUCCAGCACCAGAUGA